AUGACUUUGAAGCAGUUCAUUUGGCAGGACAAGGGAGAGACAUUCUCGUGCUGCUGGGAAUGGGCCAAACCUGUUUCAAAUGCAUUCUCGACACUCAACCUGAUAUUGCGACUCACUGGCCCUGGACAACACGAGAAAGACAACGAAAAUAACCGCGUGCUCGCCUUUCUUGCGGAUACGACUCGUCGCUCGCCUCCUUUGAAGGAGACGCUGGUCAAACUUAUCAUCCCACUGCAGGGUGGGUAUAUCGCGCGAUCCGACUUCCUCACCGUGAGAAUGAUCAGUUGUCCUAUUGUUCAAUGCGUGAAAGAGUUUUGUUCUCCUGAGCAGUAUCUAGAGGUGCCUGGGCCUCAUGUCUCUGAAUUCGACGAAGUUGCCCGCUAUGUUAUUGGAGCGGUUGUACUGCGCGAUCCAGAAAUUCAUUGCUCUUCAGCUCUGCAGCAAAUUGAUGAAGAGCUGGAGAACCGGAUCCCGCUAUCAUAUAUACUUUCUACGCCGCUGACAAACAACCACCUGGUGAUCGUCGGUCAUCGGCACCCGGCAGUAAUGGCGGGAUACCUUGCCUCUGCCGCCGCUCUGGGCAUCCGUGUUACGCUUGUUGAUGGCGAGAAUGAAUUCCUGGCGGUGGAGAGACGGUCGGACGUGGUUGAGAAAUGCAUCCAAAUUGACAUGACCGCUGACGACAAGCUUGCAAGUCGGAUCGUGGACGCCCUGUCCGCGACGAGAGAGAAAUACCACGGGAUUACCACGUUCACAGAUACAUGGCUGAUCCAUGUGGCAAAGGCAGCGGAGGCAUUGGGGCUACCUACUACGUCUCUGGACACGGUGAAGCUCUGCUUGGACAAGUACGCCACGCGUCAGCUAUGUCCUGAUGAAUUCCAGCCCCUGCGAAUCAAGAGCUUGGAAGAACUACGGAGCCACCUGGUCAGCUCGCAGUUUGACUAUCCUUUGAUAGUGAAGCCCUGCACUGCAUGGGGCUCACAGGGCGUCUACAAAGCUUGCACCCAAGAGGAGCUGCUCGCCGUUGUUUCACUGGCACAGAAAGCUGCUAAAGGCUCCGAUCUCCUCAUCGAUCGAUACGUCAAUGGACCGGAGAUCGAUGCGAAUUUUGUCCUACAGGAUGGUGAAAUACUGUUCUUUGAGCUAGUCGACGGUCUGCCCUGCACAGCCGAGGUGGAGAACCAGGGCAAGCCUGGCGACUUCCUUGAGACAGACGAGAUAUGGCCGACAAAUCAUCCCCAGCGGGAAAGCGACAUGAUCCGGUCGCGUCUCCACAGCAUCCUCCUCCAGACAGGCUUCCGCGACGGCGUGUUUCAUCUCGAAGCGCGAAUCCCAAACUCCGCCAUGCAUUAUACAGUGCAGGACGGAAUCCUUGAUUUGCGACCCCGCGAGGCAGAGCCGGUCGGUGACCUGUCCGUCUUCUUACUAGAGAUCAACCAGAGGGUGCCCGGGCACGGCGGAAGUUGGGGCACUGCAUUAGCAUACGGGCUAGACUAUCCAGCUAUCUACAUGCUCGGUGCUUUGAACGAGAAGGAACGGUUUCGGUCACUUUCAAUCCCGUUUGCUAAAGGAGCUCAGCAAUGGGUUGAUAGCGUUUUCAUCAACUCCGAGAAGGCCGGCGUCUACGACGGAGAUGAUGUCUGCCGGGAGCUGCGUAAGCAGAGGCCAGAUCUCAUGGCACAUGUCCACUACAGCAAUUGUUACUACGGCAAUGGCGAGACAAUAACGGAUUCUCCAGCUCGAAUUGCGCUCUUCGUCGUCACUUCACGUGAAAGUCGGCGGCAGGUGUUGGAGAUUUCGAAAGAAAUCCGCCAGUCAGUGGAAGUGAAGGUGCGAUAA